AUAAUUAAGUGACGCACCAUCAAACUAGCUAACCGGGGGAGCGUGCUAGCGCUAGCUUGCCUGAUUGGUCACGUAGCCUACUUUAGCUUCACGGGUAUGCUAAGCUCGCUAGCACUUAGCCUGUAACUGAGUGCAGCACCCGUGCUUCCUUAAAUGUGCAGUAACGUAAUUACUGCACUGACCGCGUUGUUCCAGUUAACCAGGCUAUUGCACAGCGUAUCGCGCGUAUGCGGCUAAUGUGGUCAUUCUGCGGCCAUAAACGUUGUCAUGUUGUCAUCACCAGUGUCCCCCAACUUGCUAACAACUUCCAAGAAGAGGGGACUGAUGUUGUGUUUUCCAGCAAGAUCAUCCAGCGACACCUCGUCUGUCAAUCAUUGUUGGCAGUUGACGUGACAUUUUGCAAGUCCGGAAUGCCGAAAGAUGCCAAAUAAUUAGGUGUCCAAAUGAAGGACGAUGAUUUUUUUUUAUUUUUAUGAACGCACACGCAUCUAUCCAUGCUGUCAAAAUGACAGGUUAUCAAUAGUGAUGUGGGGAACUAUUACUAUGGACAGGGCCAUCCCAUGAAACCCCACAGGAUCCGUAUGACUCACAACCUGCUUCUCAACUACGGACUUUACAGGAAAAUGGAGAUCUAUCGGCCACACAAAGCCAGUGGUGAAGAGAUGACAAAAUACCACAGCGACGACUACAUUAAGUUCCUGAGGUCGAUCCGACCGGACAACAUGUCCGAGUACAGCAAACAGAUGCAAAGAUUCAAUGUCGGAGAGGACUGCCCAGUGUUUGAUGGCCUGUUUGAGUUUUGUCAGCUGUCAACAGGUGGCUCUGUCGCUGGAGCAGUGAAACUGAACAAGCAGCAGACGGAUAUCGCCAUCAACUGGGCCGGUGGACUCCAUCACGCCAAGAAGUCUGAGGCCUCUGGUUUCUGCUACGUCAAUGACAUUGUCCUGGCCAUCCUUGAGCUGCUCAAGUACCACCAGAGAGUGCUAUACGUCGACAUUGACAUCCAUCAUGGUGAUGGGGUGGAGGAGGCGUUCUACACCACAGACAGAGUCAUGACUGUCUCAUUCCACAAAUAUGGAGAGUACUUCCCUGGCACUGGAGACCUGAGGGACAUUGGCGCAGGAAAGGGCAAAUACUACGCAGUAAACUACCCACUCAGAGAUGGUAUUGAUGACGAGUCCUAUGAAGCCAUCUUCAAACCAAUCAUAGCUAAAGUCAUGGAGAUGUACCAGCCAAGUGCUGUGGUCCUCCAGUGUGGUGCUGAUUCUCUUUCUGGAGACAGACUCGGCUGCUUCAACCUCACCAUCAAAGGCCAUGCCAAAUGUGUCGAGUACGUCAAAAGUUUCAACCUGCCUCUGCUGAUGCUGGGCGGUGGCGGCUACACCAUCCGCAAUGUGGCCCGGUGCUGGACAUAUGAAACGUCUGUCGCCUUGGACAGCUCCAUCCCCAACGAGCUGCCUUACAAUGACUACUUUGAAUACUUUGGGCCCGACUUCAAACUGCACAUCAGCCCGUCCAACAUGACCAACCAGAACACCAACGAAUACCUGGAGAAGAUCAAGCAGCGGCUGUUUGAAAACCUGCGUAUGCUGCCUCACGCCCCUGGUGUACAGAUGCAUGCGAUCCCAGAGGACGCCCCCCAUCCAGACAGCGGAGAAGAGGACGAGGAGGACCCCGACAAACGUGUCUCUAUCCGUGCCCACGACAAGAGGAUAGCCUGCGAGGAGGAAUUCUCCGACUCUGAGGACGAGGCAGAGGGGCAGGGAGGAGGCCGCAGGAACGCAGCCAACCACAAGAAGGCCAAACGAGUGAAAAAGGAAGAAGAGAAGGAAGGAGAGGAAAAGAAAGAAGUGAAAGAGGAGGAGAAGGAGGAAGAGAAGAUGGACACAUCAGGACCAAAAGAAGAGGUGAAGACCUGAAAUCCAGCACAGGAAGGAUGGAAGUUGUGGUUGUAAUCUUGUCCCCCAACAUCCGUAUUCCUGUACUUUUCUAUUGUCUCCUCCUUUGGCAGUAGGACCUUGUUGUAUUUCCAGUUUUAUCAUGUGUCCCUGUAGGCAAACCUGGUUCACAUUGUACUGUACUUGCAUUUGUUUCAAAGCAAAGCACUAGUUGUGUGGGUGUUCACCAGAAAGUGUGAAACUCCCCACACACACACACUCACAAAUGUCAUGGAUCUUUUCCAGCCACCGUGUGAACCAGGUCUGCUGUGAUAUGAAGAAAACCAACCCGAGUGUUACUGUUCCCAUCAUGCGGGACCCAUGCUUCCGUCCCCGCAGCUAUGUAGAUGAGUUCACUAGUCUACUGCUUACAUCCAAGAAAAAAAAGACUUUGUUAGUUUUUAAACAUCUAUUUAUGGUACUGUUGGAAUAACCAGCAUUUGGCAAACUGAUGUUUGGCUUCCUUUGUUAAUUUGCCCUUGAAUGCAUGUUUAGAAAAUCACCUCCCCUCUCUACAUAAUUAUUUUCCCUUUGCAGUCAAUCCCUGGUCUCUUAUCGGAAUGUUUGUUUUGGUCUGUCUCUUUAACCCAGUUUCCCAUGAAGAC